AUGAGUGACAACUGUUUUUAUGGAUGUGAUACUCUGAACAAAGUGACAAUACCAUCAAGUAUUAAAUCAAUUGGUAAUGAUAGUUUCUAUGAAUGUGGUAGUUUAAGCAGUGUAAUAAUACCACCAAGUGUUAUAUCAAUUGGUAAAGCCUGUUUUUGUCGAUGUUGCUUUUUGAAAAAUGUAGUUAUACUAUCGAGUGUUACAUCAAUACCAAAUUCAUGUUUUACUUCUUGUGAACGUCUGAGUAAUAUAGUAAUACCAUCAAGUGUAAAAUCAAUUGGAGAUCAUUACUUUUGUGGAUGUAGCGGUCUUAUCAAUGUGACAAUACCAUCAAGUGUGACAUCACUUGAUAAGUGGUGUUUUGCUAGUUGUACGAAUUUGACCAGUGCAGAUAUACCAUCAACCGUGACAUCAUUUGGUAUGAACUGUUUUGAUUGUUGUUUCAAUCUCAAAACGAGAAAACACAACUGA